AUGACAAUACCAAAAUGUGCCUGCAGCAUUGGUUUGCUGGUGAUUCUGUGCUUAAUUAGCUUGAGCAAUGCCCACAAGGUCAUUAAAUUUGAGGCCCCUGCUGGGGUCAAUCGAAAGAUGAUGGGCCAAGAUAAGCCAGUGGGUCAAGGGUUUGGCUCAGGUGUAGGCAUUGGCACUGGGACUGGGACAGGUGUAGGCAUUGGCAAGGGCAUUGGCUCAGGUGGCAAUGGUGUAGGAAUUGAGGAGGGGUAUGGUAUUGGCACUGGUUCUGGUUAUGGUGAAGGCACUGGUAUGGGCAUUGGGAGAGGCUCUGGAAAUGGUGGAUAUGGAGAAGGCAGAGGAAUUGGUAUUGGGACUGGGGAUGGAGGAUAUGGGGAAGGUAGAGGAGUUGGUAUUGGGACUGGAAGUGGUGGAUAUGGGCCUGGAAAUGGCCCGUGGGCCUCGGGACCCGGGUACGGAAACAGCGGUGGUAGUGGGUUUGGGUCCGGAGUCGGCAUCGGUACUGGGUCUGGUGGGUAUGGAAACAAUUGCGGUGGGGGUUGUAAUCCGGGCUGUGAGUGCCCUGGUGCUUGUUUCCAAUCUGGCCAGCCCAAUAGGCUCACUUAUAACAAGCCCACUCAGCAUGAGAAGAUGACGCCUACCAAGAUGGGUGCAGGAGAGCCUAUAACACCAAAUAUACCACCAGCACUAGGUUCAUCACCACCAGAUUCACCAGAUUCAUCAACCAAGACAGCAAAUGAAGCCCACCAUCACUCUGCUGCAGCGCUUCAUAACUAG